AUGAGUGGUGCCGGAAACGACUUGGGGAUGUUCCAACACCCCCGGUUCGGUAAAAAGGAAGAACCCGACGACCUGGAGCGCCUGGUCCUGCCCUGCGAAGUCGACCCUAAUGCUCCCCAGCCGUUCGAACCAAAGCUAGCCGCCGCCACCGCCGCCCAAAUCGUUCAGGUCCCGAGCACUACCGACGACGAGCAGGAUUUGCGGACGGCGCUGUCGAAUAACCCGACGAUGAUCAUGGAGCUCGACAUGGACGGCAAUGUCCGCUACUUGCUGAGUAAUUGGAACAAGAUCGUCGGCACCAAGUCGAAAAAGAUUGUCGGCAAGCCCAUCGCCAAUAUCAUCGUCGCCAACACCCCGGAGGACCUGACGGUGUUUCAGGAUGCCAUAGCCAAGAUGAUCGCCGACGACUGCAGCUAUAAAGUGAAGUUCGUCACCGCUACCGGCGACGGCGACGCCAACGACGAGAGCACUACCAGCUCGCAACACGGCGAGGGCGAAGGCGACGACGAUGACGACACUGAGAUCGCCAGCGUCUCACAGCAGUUGGCGAUGAAACUGCCGUCGCCACCGCUGCUGCCGUCACCCCAGCCGCCGCUGCCGUCGAUGCUGCUGAUCCUGCUGAAGCUUCUGAACGACGGUGAUAUCAUUGAGCUUGAAGCUCAAGGGAUCCUCAUGCGCACGGGCAAAGACGACUACCUGAUGUGGACGGUAAAGCCAGUGGUGUUGUAUAAUGUUGACUUGGCCAUUCCUCAACCGCUUAUCGAUAUUCUCGGGGCGGGACUGGAACUCUUUGAAGGCUACUUAGUCCAGCUCCGCGAGCUUGGCGUCGCCAACGAAGAGACUAUCCCCCCUCCUAAAACCGUACUUUGCCGCAUCUGUGAAAAUGAGAUCCCCGCAUGGUUUAUCGAGCGCCAUCUGGACCUCUGUGUUGUCGAACACCGUGCCGACGACGAUAUUCAGGAAGCCCACGACGCGUUAUGCGAACAGCGCCACCUCAUCUUGGCAAUCACCGACCUGCUCGCCCACGGCUUGCUGCUGCUGCCGCUGCCGCUAGCCCUGCUGGAGCUGAUAGCGUCGGCACUGCUGCUGCUGCUGCUGACACUGUCAUUCGAACUCAUCCAGGAAUACAAAGGUAUCCCCCUUCCUUCCGUACCCCGUACUCCGGGAACAGUACAAACGCUGCUGCCGCUACGACCGCUUACUCACCAACGACUGCGAUCGCAACUUAUUGGCCUUAAAAAGUUCCCCUUUGGUCUCUUAGCUCGCCUCGUCGAUAUCUGCGAAGAAGCGAUCCAAAUCAACCCGCCUCUGACAGCUACCGACGGCGAGAUCUCGCUCUCUCCUCCGUCAGAACACCAUAUGAUGGCGGUGGCCCAGGCGACGCCAAUGGAGCUGCUGGACCCCGCCAUGGUGGCGAUGAUCGCCGAUACUACUGCCAUGGUGGCCGAGAAGGUUGCCGCCGUUGAGCGCAUGGUGCGAGCCCUUCGUUACCUGGAUAGAAUCAAGUGUCAGGUGGACGACCUUGUGCUUGAAACCGUCAGCGAUACUUUGUCCCAGAUUCGCCACCAGUCCCUUGCCCUGGAAGGUGAACUUAGUCGCAAAGUAAGUCACCGCGAGAGCGACCUGCUGGCGCUGAGACUGCGUCAAGGUUCUCAAAAGACGUUAAAAGGACUGCGCCAAGGACUGGUGCUUCUGCGGUCGCUGAGUGUGCCGAGACUGGACUCCGCCGGCAAAGUGUCCACUGUGGCCCACCAAGCCGGUAACGUGACACCGCUGUCGCCAGCACUGUCGCUGCCACUCUCACGCCCUCCACUGGACCGAGAACUGCGAGGCCGCCAGGACCCCUUACCCACGCUGGGGCUCGCCUAUUCUCGUGUGUACGAACUGCCGCUGCCUACACAAACAGGACCGAUGAUUUCCACACCCAUUGCCCCAACCCCUAAAGUGGCCAGUGCCCCAUUAAACUUUGACCAUCACCACGAGCCGACGUCAACACCACAAUCAAAGCUCUUACUGGAGUUCGAGUACGCUAAGCUGGUGACUCCUAAUGACAUCUUGCAACGCCUGCGACCACUGCUGCGCCCCCCACUGCGACCACUGCUGGAACGGCUGCUGGACGCUAACUUGGUACCGCCGCUGAACCUGCUGCUGUUUCUGCUGCCCCGUCGGCGGAUGUCGCCCAUACCCUAUGGAGAUAAGACUAAUUUGCUGCUGCUUCAACGUUCGGGUCCAGGAGCUCCUGGACUGAUGAUUGGCGGCUCCGUAGCGACCCCAUUGGGAUCACCUCAUAUCGGAGCGUCUCGUGGCGAUCUGCUUGACCUGACGCUGAAUAUUCCACCCUUACCACCUGCUGCCACUAAACGGACGCUGCUGCUGGGUCUGGGUCUGCUGUUGGCAGUAGCAUCCACUCUGUUAUCUAAGGGUCAGGCCAAACCGCCAUUGUCGCCGUUGCUUGUCACCAGUGCUCCCAAAGCAGCACCGUCUCCUGGCGGUAUUCGUGACUAUACUGUGGUGAAACCGAUCUCCAAGGGGGCAUUUGGACUGGUAUUCUUAGCCAAACGCAAACGGGUAGGCGAAUACGUCGCCAUUAAGUGUUUGAAGAAAACCGAUAUGAUCGCUAAGAACCAGAUUGUCAACGUCAAACUGGAACGGGCGGUGUUGAUGAAACAAGCCAAUCUGCCCUACGUCACCCAGUUGUAUCUGACGUUCCAGCUGAAAGAGUGGCUCUACCUCGUGAUGGAAUACUUACCCGGUGGUGAUUUGGCGAGCCUUGUGAAGAAUUUAGGGACUAUUGGCGACUGGGCGUGUAAUCUUAUCGCUCAGAUCGUCGUGUGUGUUGACGAUCUCCACCGGCGAGACAUUAUCCACCGUGACUUGAAGCCCGAUAAUAUUUUGAUCGAUGCCCAGGGCCACCUCAAACUUACUGACUUUGGGCUUUCCCGAAUGGGGGUGGUGGGCCGUCAACCUGGUCGCGGCCGACCUCGCACGCAGGACCACCUGCCGCGGCCGUCAUCAUCGUCAAUCUCGUGGCUGCCGGUGGUCGACGCCAGGAACGCCCCUUCGCUGCCGACUUUACUGUAUGUCGACCAGUUCGCUCAACAGUUGCCGCCGUUACGGCUGAAAAUCAAAGGCGAUGGAAGAGCUGACCUUAAGGAUACCCCCGCAUUGAUGCGGACGCUGCUGGAAGCGCUGCUUUCGCUUGUUGAAGACGAGUUCCCCGUGACCACGAACCCACCGACGCUGAUCACGCUGUUCACCCUUUACGACCCGCAAAAGGAUCACCAAAUGUCUCGCUUUGUCGGUACUCCUGAUUACUUUGCUCCGGAAACGAUUAAAGGUGAAGGUCAGCUGGAGGCGCUGGAUUGGUGGCUGAUUGGGUGUAUAUUAUUCGAGUUUUUAUUUGGUACGCCUCCGUUCCACGCCUCCACUCCCGACCAUGUGUUCGCUAAUAUCCUCGCCGGCGACAUCGACUGGCCUCCGCUUUCACCAGAAGAUAUGGAUCAUUAUUGUCCUCCUGAAGCUCGUGAUUUGAUCACCAAACUCUUGGUGGAAGACCCCGAGCAGAGACUUGGUAGUGGUCUGGCGGAGGAGAUCAAGCUGCACCCUUACUUCAAGGAUAUCAAUUGGGAUACGCUUUUCGAAACUCCCGGUCCAUUUGUCCCACCUGUCGACGACCCGGAACUGACGGACUACUUUGACCCUCGCGGUGCCGAGAUGAUGCAGUUCCCUAUGGACGGGCUUGACUCGCAGGAACCCGAGCUGUUUGAGCCGUUGAACCAACUAGGGGCGCUGGCGUUCCACCAGGGAAGGGCCCGGCGCGGGCUGAGGCUCGCCGACUCGCUGGAGUUCGGCCUGUUCUACUUCCGCAACUUGGCCGUACUUGAAAAGGCGAAUAAAGACGCCAUCAACCGUUUGAAGAACGAGCACAUGGAGCACCGACUGCUGUUCCUGCUGACAGGUCUGCUGGUGGUGCUGGCGGGCGAACUGCCAUUGACCAGUCACGGCAGUCGCCAGCGAGAGCUGAGCUUUGGCCAGCUUGUCUGUGCCAGUCCCGGAGCCAAUUGUCUGCCGUUUAAGCGUCCCAUUUCUCCCGUUCCUCCACCCCCGAUGUUCGACGAGUUGAAGUCAGACCCUACUACUCCUGCCGGUACUGGUCCUCCCCAAAUACCGCCACAGGGGUUCCUGACGACGCUGCCGGCUCCGUCGCCGCCUACGUACAAGCACGAGCGCAUGGAGCUGAUCUUGUCGAACUACUCGCUGGGCGACGACCUUCUGUUCGAUAAAGAUAUGGUGAUGGGUGUCCACCGCCAUCUGAGCCACCCAUUCAACUUGUUACGUGAUCUGCCGGUAACGCUGGACCUGGAAGAGACGAAACUGCUGGCUUUGCUCCGAGUGCACAAGCGCCGUCAACUGUACCGCAGAGCCGCUCUGUCUCGCCAAGGGCUGUUUAGUGCCGAUGCGGCGGAGCCAGUGGGGUUAGGGCUUGGAUCAUGGCACUCUCAGUUCGACGUGCUUUACUGUGAGCCGCUGGCGCUGGUACGGGCGGCCACAACACGCGUGCUUGAACGCCACGGGUGUCUUGUUGUCGGUGUUGGUGAUGGUGACGAGCUUGUACGCCGCGCCACCGGCCAGGUGAAGUUUGACCUUAUCAUGACGUGUAUGAAGUUGAAUAAAGUCGGGGCUAUUGAAGCCGCUAAGUUGAUCAAGUACACCACCGGCGCCAACACCACCACCCCCAUAGUGGCGGUGACGGCCUACGGCGACAUUGCGAGAGAACUGGGAGUGUUUGACGACGUAUUGGAUAAGCCCAUUGACGACGGCAAAGUGGCCAGGUGUUUGGCUCGGCUUGUCUCUGCCGACGACGCCAUCGAGUCCGAUUAG